CAGAGACACUUCUGCCCCUAACUAAGAUGGCCGCCCCCCCCCUCAGCGGCCGCGUCCCUCGUUGACGCCACAUCCCGGGCCCGUUGCUGUAGUUACCGGUCGAGAGGGCAGCUGAAGAAGGGCAGCAGGGGAGCAAAAUGAUGAGCGACGGUCUCCCGGGAGACAAGCGAAAGCUGCAGACCAGCCGUUACUCGGAGGAGUUCGUGCCGAAGAACGGGAAGAUCCUGAAGAACUCGGCGGACCAGAUGGACUGCGGGGCGGAGAACUUGGCGAGGAAGGAGUUCACCUUCAGCGUGUGCGGGGACCCGGACAACAUCCAGCACGCCUUCACCGGCGACCCUGACGACGCCCUGAUCACCGCCCUCAAUUCCUCCUGCGACUUCGAGGAGAAGGUGAGGGUGGACAGCACCAUCCUGGUGUACGGGGAGGGUGGGCUGAAGGGCCUGGUGAACGUGGACAUCCUGUGCCGCUACCUGCCGCCGCACACGCACUUUCGCCUGCUCUUCCUGCGCUGCCCGGGCCCGGGGCGGGAGGGGGCGGGCGGCGAGUUGCGGCGACCCCCGGCGACCAGCCACGACUGCCGCCACGUCCUGUUCUACGUGGAGCCCAGCGGCCGCACGAUGGUGAACACCGCCCAGCGCAUCGUGCUGUCUGACCGCAUCGCCCAGGGCCAGACCAAGCUGUGCGUCCUGGGCUUCGAGGGCCAGACUGUCCGCCAGGCGCUGACCGCCGACGGCCGCUUCGACCCCCGCGUCCACGACGACACCCACAAGCUGCUGGAGAAGGUGGAGCCGCCGCGCAAGAUCCAGUUCAACCACGCCGUGGACGGGCUGAACGGCCGCAGCUUCCAGGUGGAGAUGAGCAGCUACAAGAAGAAGGUGGCGGGAGACGACGGGAGCGGCGGCAAGAACUGGAAGCCGAGAGCCAGCAAGGUUGCCGAGGCGUUGCCGCCGUCGGACAGCGGCCGCUACCCCUUGCCCCGGUGGCAUGUGGAGGCCCGCAAAGCCGCGCUGCUCAGGUUCAAGCUGGCCGUGUCGAGGAACGCCGAGCUGGGCAACAUGUCAGAGAGGCAGUACUUGAACCGGCUCCACCAAGAGGCCCAGUCGCCCAUCCCAGCCAGAGCCAUCCGCCGUAUAAUCGAACGUCUGGCGAGCGUGGGCUGUCUCAGCUGGCAAACACCCAGUGCACAGGGGGGCGGCAGCUGCUUCUUCCUCAGGGACAGAUACCUCCUCACCUCCUACCAUGCCGUGGAGAUGAUGGUGGGGAACACCACCCCGCCCGACAGCUGGCCCGCAGCCGUCCGCGACGCCGGCCUGGUCUUCUUCGGCUACGAGGAGGACGGGCAGAAGGGCCGGCCGCUCAAGCUGGCCGCCUGGCUGGAGAUCUUCGACCAGGCCCUGGACUAUGCCGUGCUGGAGUUGGAGGAGAGCCCGCCCGGUGUGCAGGGUCUGGCAGAACACUGCACCCUUCUGCCGCCGGACGCUGGCAACCUCUACAUCGCCGGACACCCCGAUGGGCAGGUGAAGAAAGUGUGUCCUUGCUCGCUCAUGACUUGCGACCAGCAGCGGGCAGCUGGAGACUCCGCCAACCUGCUGGAAAACCUGCGGACCGCCAUCGCCGGGGGAGACGCCGAGAAUUACCUGCCUGACAUUGUCAUGGUGGCCAGCCACGCCUUCAACAGAGCCAGGUUCCCCAAUACAAUCCUCUACAAGGCUGACUUCCACCACGCCGCCUCGGGCUCUCCCAUCUUCAACGCCGACGGCCUCGUCGUUGGCCUGCACUGCGGGGGGGAGAUCCACAAGAAGAACAAGGACCCCGAGAGGUUCUGCGUGGAACUUGGGCGCUCCAUCAAGCUCAUCGUCCACAACAUGGCUUGCAAAAGCGACACGCUGGCAACGGAAAAAUCAAAGCAGUUCAUCAAGGAUUUGCAGAGUUCUUUCAAAUGAAAUGUGUCUGCCCAGAGAGAACUGACAUGCCGUGACCAGGCUGGAUGCUGGAUGUGGACUUCCUCAUGUGUGUGGGAAAAGGUGCAUCUGAGUAUCGUUUCAAAGGUUUCCACCUGAAAAAUGAACCCAUCCUUUUCAGAACAGACCCUGCCUAUGUUUAUUGGAAUAGCGAUGAUUCCAAUACAAUUUAAUUUGCAUGUGCUUUACAUAUUGGGGCCAAUGAGGAAAAUUGUAUACAGAACGUUUGCCCGAUGUAAUAACAUACAUUUACCAGGGUGCUAAAUACUUGAAUUACGGAGUUAUGAGUUUGGGAAAUGCAGAGAACACAUUUUCUUUAUUCUAGCAUUAGGUGACAUUUGCUGUUCUGAAAGUUAAUAUGGUUAAAAAGGUAUUUUGGUAUUUUUGGACAGCAUCUCUGGAGAAACUGAUUAGGUGCCCUUCUUUGCAUUUAUUUCUUCUCUCCAGACCCGCUGAGUUUCCGCAGCUUUUUAUGUCUAUUGUCAUUCCCAUCAUUCCAACGUUCCCCUCCAUCUUAAUCUCCAAAGGUUGUGUGUUUUUUUGCAAAUUGCCGGUCCCAGAGCAGCUUAAAAAACCACAAUAACAAACAACUUGCUAAUAAUUCAUCGAGUUUAGAAAUCAGGUCAGAUUGGGCAGGUUUACUGGCUCCAGCCAGAUUGGGCAGCUAUUCUCGUCUCUUGUCAAAAUGUUUACAAGAUCUCGUUUCUUCUAAAAGAAUGCCUUCAUUUAAGGUUUUUGUUGUAUGUUUUUGCAUUUUUAUGUCAUUUACAAUGAAGCUAAGGCAUAAAAAAAAAUUAAAUGCAAAGUUAGCCUUCUGUCACUGACCACAUGAUUUAGUUUUCCCCUUGUAUAAUCUAGGAUAAUGUCCAGGAAAGUUGUUUAAAAGGACAGUGGUCUUUGUUUUAUA